ACCGAUAACUCAAAGUGCAAGUGAGAAAACAGAAAUGUUUUUAUCGUGACCAAAAGAUAACAAAAAUAAAACUGAACCUAGAAAAUUUCUAACAUCUAGUAGUUGGUAACCUCAAUACCCCUGUAUGUCCUUCAAACUCCACUUUGAUCACAAAUAAAUGGGAAGUACAAAAUUAAGAUGAAUAUUUUUUAUCACAAACAUUCUGUAUAUUCGUGAUAUCGUGUCAAAAUUUUCCGCUGUCUUACCAAAUUAAUUGAAUUACUUACGUCAGGAUCCACCUGUAGGAUAUUUGAUAUUUAUUGAGGUUAAUUUAAUUAAUUAAAAUAAUGAAAAGCACAAUGAAGGAGUACAGUGAUUCAGAAUUGAUAAAUGUCAUAUGUGAUCUAAGUGAAAUAAAGUCAAUGAAAGUUGCUGUCAGUUCAUCUAUCAAAUCAGGACUUCUUGUUGGUGCUGCUGCUACAGUUGGCGGCCUUCUUCUUGGUCCUCGUGGUAUUGCCAUUGCGAGUUUGAUUGCUGGCUUAGGAACUUCUUACGCGAUGGAGGGAGAAUUUAGAUCUGUGCCUGAUAUUUUACAAAAUGACCUGACUCAAGAACAACAAGAAAAUUUGGCUAAUGCUGUACGGAAUCUAUUAAGUGCAAAAAAUGUCAUGUCGAUAGCCAUGUUGAUGACUGAUAAAGGUCUUCAAGACGCUCUAGUAUCGCUCAUAAAUAAUUUUUUAAAAAAUGCAUUAAAUUACACUAUCUAAAAUUUAUGAUCUUGAAGUUAGUAGACAAUUAAAAAUUUUAAGAUUUUUUUUUCAACAAAUCAAUUACAAAAAAAAAAAGCUAAAAAUAUGCACAUGUAGAAAAUUAAAAAAACUAUAGGUGCAAUUUAAAAAUUUUUUUUUUUUUUAAUUUAUUAUUUUGAGAGAAAUCCAAAAAUUAUUACAGGUCGGCUAAUUUCGAUAUCAUUAAAAUUUUCUUUUCUUAGCGUAAAAUAUACGUUAAAUAAAUAUAAAAAUAAAUGAUUUAGAUACUUAUGUUUGUAAUUAUAAUUAUUUUUUCAUCAACAAUUCGAAAAUCGAUUGAUUUAUUUAAAUGAUUUAU